AUGUCUGGCGAGGAGAUCAUGGCUCUGCGCAAGUGGAUUGCCUUUGUAGGCGUGGUCAACUUUGACUUGGAACUUGGUCAGUCGCUCGAGUUCACCCUGCCAGCAGUGGAACUGUCAGAGAACGAUUCGCACAAUCUUUGUUUUCUCUCGUUUCCCGACUCGAAUGCGCGGAUGGGCGCGACGGUGUACACGUUCCGGGCGCGACGGACGAGUAGAGAUGCCAAGGGCUUUGAUGUGGAUGCAGCAAGCGGCGGAUGCGAUACAGAGAAGGAGGCGAGAGCGAGGAUGAGGCGGAAGAGGGUACGGCAUCGCAGUGCCGAAAUGCUGCCGCUGGUGGACGAGAGCUACUGGUAUGGCUUUGUUUACUUUCGGCAGGAGAAAGACGCGAGCAUCAAGCGCGGAUACUUGCAAAAGUCUGUGGUGAUUGUGACGUCGGCGCCGCUGGUGGCGCUGUACACGAGGAUGGUGCGGAUCAUGGGCAAGUUGUACUUUGAGCACGGGGCGCCGGUGCUAGAGACGGCGUGCCACUCGAUUGCGUCAUGGCCGCCGCCGAGCGCUGGGGCCACACUUGAGCUUCCGUUUAUGGGCGAGGUGCUGCUUGCGCAUGUGGCGCGCGACCUUCGGCCGCCGAGCGCGGAGGCACUACUUGCGGCGCUACCCGAGGCGAGCGCGGCGCGGCUUGUUGGCGCACGGCGCGGGAUGGGCGCGGCGCCCGAGGUGCUUGUCGGCUCUGUUGCCGACCUCUCGCUCUAUCAUGUCUUCUUUCCGCUCCUCUCGUCACUGUGGCUUCUGUGGGAGCUUGUACUGCUAGGCGAGCCGCUGCUCGUGGAGGCGGACUCGCCGGACGUGUGCUCAAAGGCUGUGCUCAGCCUGGUCUCGCUCAUUGCGCCGCUCGAGUACGCCGGCGACUUUCGGCCGUUUUUCACCAUCCAUGACUCGGACUUUGGUAUGUUUACGGCCGAGCCCGAGGAGGCAGGCAGGCUGCCUGCGGUCAUCCUCGGCGUGACAAAUCCGUUCUUCCGCAAGACGCUCUCGUCAUGGCCACAUGUUGUGAGCGUUGAGUGCACAGUGACGACUGGAAAGGGGGCACGGGCGCGGGCCAAGGCCAAGGCCAAGGCGCGGGCCAAGGCGCGGGCUAAGGCGCGGGCCAAGGGCGGCGGGCCCGACUACCUCACGACCGGGGCCGAGGCCUCGGGCUCGGGCUCGGGCUCGCUCUCGCCGCUACCGUCACCGCGGUCGGACGGCGGGAAGCGAAGCUCGGGAGUGGUGACGGGCUACAAGAGCAUCGUGCCUGCAGACAAGGCGCUGAUCAAGAGGAUAGUGACCGACAAGACGCCGACGGGCGAGUCUGCAGCAGAGCACACGGCAGCGCUGCGGACACACUUUGCGGACUUGACCAACGCGUUCCUCAUUCCGCUGGAGCGGUACUUUGCGUCGCUUCUCCCUCUGGCGCGGACCAUCACGGCAUUUGACGCCCCACCCAAGUGUCGGCCGUUCUCGGUCAAGGACUUCUUCGACUCGCUCAACUCGACGUCGAGCUCCUCGUCGGGAGGCUUCACGCCGACCGGCUCGUCGUCGGGCACCGGGGCGUUUGAAGAAGCACUUGGCCCACCGCCGGCACGGGCACGGAUCCGCGAUCUCUACCUGGCUGCGCUGUACGAUGCAGACAUUCCGGCGUGGAUCCAUGCCAAGGACGAGGUGGUGGUGGUGGACCUCCUGCUCCGGCUCCGGCGUCAGCUGGCCAAGCACCCGAACGACCCGCCGCGGAUCCGGCAGCGGAUUGCGGAACACAUCCAAGUCAUUGUCUCGUUCCUUCCCGCUGAUCUCCAGACCUCACUCUCGGUCAAUGCCUCCCUCGAGCCUGCGGCUGGCGAGGCUGAGCGAGGGUCGACCGACGACGACGACCACGACGGCGUCGAUGACGACGACGGCGAUGACGACGGUGUGUGCUAGAGCUGAGGUAUGGCAAUGUUGAAAAUCUACUGGCCGUCAGCAUACUGCGAGGUACAGAUAAAAAGGGAUAGGUG